CGUCACACAACUUACCUACAAAGUAGCUGCUUCUCUAUCUUUCCUCCAAAUCGCACUCUGUUUGUGUUCUUCUUUAUUUUCUUCCGCACGGCAAACUUCAGUGUCCGAUUGUCGCCAAAAUGGUUCCCGAGCAUGCUGUCCUCUCAGCCACGGUCAAUGCGUCCAGCCCUCUCCAUCCAUACUACCCCCUCGGCGUUGUGAUACCUAGCUACGUCACGAACUCUCUCUCGACACCGGCUCUCUUGGCCAUCUUCGCCACAGGCUGCGCAGCCAUUCUCUUGCCGACGUACCUCCUGAUCCAGACGAAGCGGCCGGGCGUAUCCAACACUGAAACAGCAAUCGCGCUGUGGUUCAUUCUCUGUGGAUUCAUCCACUUCUUCUUCGAAGGCUACUUCGCCUACAACGCGCACCACCUCGGCAGCCUCGGCCACAUUUUCGCCCAGCUCUGGAAAGAGUACUCCCUCUCCGACUCGCGCUACCUGACGCAGGACUCGUUCGUCGUGUGCAUGGAAACCAUCACCGCCAUCUUCUGGGGCCCGCUGUCCUUCCUCUGCGCCUACUGCGUCGUCGCCGACCACCCGCUGCGCCACUGGUUGCAGACUGUCGUUAGCCUCGGCCAGCUGUACGGCGAUGUGCUCUACUUCGCGACGUGCUCCUUUGACCAGCUCGUCGCGGAGCUGGUGCAUUGUCGGCCCGAGCUGGCGUACUUUUGGUGUUAUUAUGUCCUCAUGAAUGCGUUUUGGAUUGUGAUUCCGCUUGCGCUGCUCGUGCAGAGUGGCAGGGAGACGACAAGGGCUUUUGCUUUAGUGCAGGCUAUGAAAAGGUCGGGGAAGAAAAACCUUUAAUCACACCUGCGGCUCGGGCUGCUGGCGCUCAAAAGAGGUCAAUGGUGGCAAAGCGGAUCCUGGUUUGGCUGCAGGAGCUGGAAGCACGUCUGAUAACAUAGCGGACUUCGAACUCUUCUUGAUCAGCAGUUUAGACCAACCAUACCAAGAGGCAUAAUCAUCCUGUAGAAGAGGAAAGAAUCCGCAGG